AUGCUUAGAAAAAUCGCUGCAGUUAGAAAACGACUGAGAUUAUUCAUUUAUAUCGGUGGAUCAUUAUGGAUGUUUUUCAUUUUAUAUUUUAUUAAUUCUAAUUUCUCCGGUAUGAAUGGUACUCCUAUUGAUAAGUCAACUUAUUCAAUUUAUAAUCUUUACGACAAUUAUAAUUAUUAUAGUCAAGAUUCUUCAUCAGACACAAAUAAAACUUUAUCAGAUUUACCAGAAGUUCAUUUUACUAAUCAUACUACUUUCUUAUCCAUGGUUGAGAAUCUCCUUGGUGGUGUUACUAAGCAAAAUGAUAGUGUUUCCGAUAUUUAUGAAAAUAUUUUUAAACAUCAUGAUAUAGACACUAUUUUGGGUACUUUGUCAUUCAAGCAAAGAUGUGAUUUAUACUUCAAGAAUGUCUUCAGUGAUAAUGUUAAUUGGAUCUUUAAUCCGGAACAUAAUUAUGACAUUAAGAAUGACGGAGAUGAUUUUAAAAACUAUCUUGAAGAGAACCAACAAAUACUCAAGGAGAAAUUUGCACCUAAAGAGAAAACCAUUGCAAAGGAUAAAGUUGAACAAUCCUUUACUGAUUUUGCCAAAGAUGAAUAUGUUGAAUAUAAAACAAAGUAUAAUCAACAGUUAAUAACUAACCACUUAAGUAUAUUCAGAAUUUUCAACAAAUGUUAUGUUACCAGUGAUGAAGUUUCACAAAAUGACAAAAUGAAUACAUUUAUAUCAAAACAACAAAAAUUAGUACAUGAAUUGAAUCCUGAUAUUCCAAGAUUUGGUUUAACCGAGCAAGAAGAACUAGUGGAUUUGCUUACCAGUUCCCCAUCAACAUUUGAGAAUAGAGUUUAUCCAUGGAUUUCUAAACAAUAUCCUGUUUAUGAACGUUUUACUGGAAAAGUUUCUCAUGAACCACCAAAUUACUAUAAAUUACUUGGUGAUCCAUUGCAAAAAACCACAAAGAAUAUCAAGUAUAAAAGAAUGAAUAAUAAUGAAGAACCAUUUGUUAAAAGAUUCAAGAAUAAAUGUAAUGGUAAAGGAAUUGUUUUAACUAUUGGAGAUCAACAUGUUGAACAUACAGUCAGUUUAAUUCAUUUGUUAAGAGCAUUGGAUAAUCGUUUACCAAUACAGAUUGUGUAUUAUGAUGAUAUUAAUGAAGAGUCUAAAAGGAGAAUAGUGACUGCUGCUCAAGAACAAUUCAAUGUAUUACCUGAAUCAUUCCGUAAAGUAUCAUAUAUGUUUGGCGAUGAUUAUCUUGAUAAUAAUGGUAAAGGACUAGUGCCACAAGAAGUUUGGUUUGUUAAUGCAUACAAUGCAAUUCAAAAACACUACCGUGGGAAAUUUUCAAGAUUUGGUAAUAAAUUACUUGCUGCAUUUUUUAAUUCAUUUGAUGAAUUUAUGUUGAUUGAUGCUGACACUGUAAUGAUGAAAUCCCCAGAAUACUUUUUCAAUUUGAAAGGAUAUUUAAAAACAGGUACAUUCUUCUUUAGAGAUAGAGCUGUGCAUAAAAGAGGAAUUGGCGAUGGAGAAUUAAUCGAAAGAAUGGCGCCUAAUAUGAUUGAUUCUAUUAUGUUUGAUAUGCCAUUAAUUACCAACUAUACGAGAAACAACGACUACUUCCGUGGGGUGCAACAUUACAUGGAAUCGGGAUUACUUUUAAUUGACAAGAAUCGUCACUAUAAUAGUUUGUUGACUAUAAUUGAAGUCAACCUCAUCCAAAGGUUACGUAAAUUAUCAUAUGGGGACAAGGAACUAAUUUGGAUGGGGUUUGCAAUUAAUGGUGACGAGAACUAUAUUUUCAAUGGAAAUGCUGCUGGGGCAAUUGGUGAGCUUACUGCACCAGAUGAUAGACUUCGACCAGAUGGCACACGACAUCAUUCUGAAGAAAUCUGUGCUAAUCACCCUGGUCAUGUUUCAUCAGAGGAUAAUCAUAGUUUGUUAUGGAUUAAUUCAGGGUUUAGGUUCUGUCAUCAAUCAGAUGAAGUUGAUUUUAAAGAAGAAGCUGAAACUCAAACAAGAUUAAAAUUUCUUAAAACUUCAGAAGCUUUCAAGACUUUCUAUUACGCACCUUUAAGAAUAACUCAUGCUAUUGUACCUCCAUUAUCACCAGAUUUAGAAAUCAGACGAAACAAAGAAGAUGAACCAACCAGUGGUUGGUUAUGGGAAAAAGAUUAUUGUAAACGUUAUAUGUGGUGUGCUUAUUCAAGUAUUGGUGGUAAACAAAAAGAUAAAACUAAAAAAGAUAAUACUUUGGAAGGUUUACUUGUAAGUUUUGAUGAUGAAGAAAUCAAUUUAUUUAAUUAUUUGGGUGACAUUUGGGUAGGUGUUGAAUAA